AUGGCAUUCAUACGCUGCGGCUCCGAGCCUGUGCUCGGCAAGAAGCCUGCUAGAGACCCCGCAGAGGCCCGGUUCCUCAAUUUUUUGCACCGCUACUCAGAGAAGAGAAGGCCGAGCAGGCCUGUGAGCAGGGCUCAGACGCAACCCAACCUGGGUUCUUCGGGUUCUUCGCUGGGCUCCUCUUUGAAGCGGGCUAGCACCUUGAAGCCCGGCCCGCUGCAGUCGACAGCACCGUGCCUCUCAGACACCAGUGCCCCGACUCGCCCCUCGUCAGGGAAAGUGAAGCCCAUACUUUUGGCACCUGUCACGCCGAUGACGGCCUUGCUUCGGAGGCCAAUGUCGGCAGGGAGCCUGCAGGGCCUGAGUUCCCCAAAGAAUGACGCAAUCAGGCAAAGAGUGCUUUCAAAAAUCGCAUCAGGGCUGCAUGUGGCACUGUUGGGCCAAAGGCCAAAGCAGCAACACGAGCCAGAGGAUGAGGCGCCAGAGGCGAGCAUGGAGAAUGUGCUCCGUGUUUUCCGGCAUUUUCGGAGACUCAAGAGAAUUGAGAGAGAGCAAGCGGCUGAGACCAAGUUGAUGUACGAGGUGAAGCGCGUGCAAGAGGCUUGGUGCGAGCCAAAUAUGAAGUCGGCUAUUCGCGAAGUCGAGGAAUAUGAGGCUGGGGCCAAUCCAAUCUCUCGGCUGCACUGGGCGACAUUUCAAGCUUGGGUGGAGCAAGAAGCAACCUGUGGAGUCCAUCCGCAGUACCGCCGCACGUUGGCCGCAGUGCUGCGAGGGCUUCAGUUGUGGAAGCAGCUCUGUGCAAGUCCGGCACAGUCUUCGGAAGGCAUUUCCUUGGGCCUGUUGUUGUCAUGGGUGUAUCCCGAUGCGCCUUGCACCCGAGUGGCCGACUUGCUGGCCUGCAUCGGCAAGCAAGAGCUGGAAAGCAUCCGCCACCAGACUCCACGGCUCGUCGAUCCCGAUGAGCGCAGGCAACUAGAAAGGAUCUUUCAGAAUGAGUACGCGAAGGGUCGGCCAAGCAUUUCAACCGAUGAUAUGGCAGGGGGUUCAUUUCCUGACCAGCGGACAAAGCUGCUCACCCUGGUGGACUCGCAUUUGGCGCAAGAGGUGUUUGGAGACAAGCAGAUUGAUAUUCGGACAUUCUUGGAGCACAUGUGCGAGAGGGGAUGCCGGGGUCACGAGCAAGUCCGGAGCUUGACCAGUCAGUUUAGCGGACGACUGCGUGAUGCUGAGAAUCCCGCGUUUGCAAUGUCAGGUUGGUUGGCUGAGACGCCUUCCAAAACGGAAUUGGCACAACGGAGACUGAUAGACGCCGUGGAAGCAGAGGUUAUUGCAUGGAGAUCUGGGAUUGGCUAUUGA